GGUUGUGUUUUGUCCAAUAGGAACACAUGAAUGACCAUAUCCCCAUAGUGCAAGACACUUUGGAAGGCGGUGAACACCGAUUUGACAAUAAUGAUCUGCUCAGACGAGCCCCUAAUUUUUGCUGCAGUGUCGACUCUGAGCUAAAAGCAUUUUUGUCCCAUUUCGGCGUCUGUACAUUUCCAGGAAGUUCUAGCUAACGCGUUGCAUUCAUUAAAGCCGGUGGAUUUACAUCCCGUUUUCAGCUAGUAGAUAGAUAGAUCGUUUAAAGAAUACUUAAUUAAAACUUGACAGUCAAAAAUGCGCAGAAGGACAGACGGUCAAGAAGCCACUGGAGAUGCUAGGACAGACAAAAAGACUGACAGACAGACUGCAGGUUCAGGAGAGACCAGUCAACAACAACAACAACAUCAUCGACCACAACAAGGGGUUAAAACCAGCAGAUGCUGGUCGACUCUUACCUCAGUUGGAAAAUGUCUCCUCCUCAUCAUCCUCAUCCCUCCUUUUCUGAACUAUGCAUCAUUGCAAAGAGAGGGCCAACUGUUAAUGCCAGAAGGUGGUGAAAUUAUAGAUAUCGGUUUGGGUCAAAAGAUGCAUCUGAUGUGCAAAGGACAAGGACAACCAGUUGUCAUACUGGAUGCCCCUACUGGUAUGUCCUCUGACAUCUGGUUCCAUGUACAAGAGAACAUUGCACUGCUAACCAAGGUGUGUACUUAUGACAGAGUGGGACUGGGGUUCAGCAAAAGAGUCCUGCAGAAUGAAAGUACAGGGACGGAGAAAGUCUGGGGGAUGUCAACCACUGGACGAAUGGUGGACAACCUCCACCGCCUCAUCAAGUUAGCUGGUCUAGCCACGCCUCUCAUCCUGGUGGGGUCUGAACUGGGCACGCUCAAUGCCAGGUUCUACAGCCACAUCCAUGACGCGCAGGUGUCAGACCUUGUCCUUAUUGAUCCCAUUCCAGAGGACAUCUUUGAGGAGGACCAGUGGCAGAAGUACUG